CGUAAUGGUGCAAAAUUGAUUUUUUAAUGCGGCUGACCUCGAUCUGAAAAGAUCCAUUUUUUAUUGGACUUCCUUUAGAUAAAAUGAUUUUUUAAUUCAGGUUGAACAAAUUAACCAUAUAUAAAUCAAAACCAGAUAAAACACAUAAGCAUGUUGACCAGUCGUCUUUUUCAGCAGCCAUGACAGUUCUCGCGUGAUUUUAUGGGAUGUACGCUUAGAGUUUUGAGUGGCUUGAUAACGUGAAUGUCAGUGUAAAUAAUCGAUCUUACCUCGUUAUAUAACCAAGACAUUAUUUAAGGAAGUGGUAUAUAAUGGAGAAUUCAUAUUUACCGCGUUAAUUAUGUUUAGAAUAGGGGAAUUCCUAUAUUCAGUUCAAGAUCCGCUCCUGAAUUCUCAUUGGCUGUCCCAAAAUAAAACCGGUCAAGGCCAGUAAACAUGGCGGACAAAUUCAACUUUCGUUGUUAACAUACACAAAAAAUAACCGAUAUAUGGACUAUACUUGAUAUUUUUGGAUUAAUUUAUGCCAUAGACAUCUACAAUGUUUGAGUUUAGGUAAGAAAUGCAAAUGUUAUUGUCAUUUAUGUACGAUUUGAGACGAAAUCGUUGCGGGAGUGAAUCACUCCCGCACUUGCACCAUUACGGAGAUCCUAUGGAGUUGUAGCCCUCUCCCCCCAAAAAAAAAUCGGGAGAGGGCUACAUUAUUGCAGCUAAUUUUGAUACUGUAAUUCUAAUUUGAUCAGUUAAGGCUAUUGUUACUCAGGUGAGCGAUCUGGCCCCUGGGGAUCUUGUUUACUAUCAUACAACUUGGCAUAGGAAUAGUAAUCAAUAUUUAGAAUCUAUGAAAGACUUUACUUUUGGGCAGAAUAUUGGCAUAGGAAAAUAUCAUGUUUUUCAAUUCAGAAUUGCUGCAAAUUAAUGAGUCAGGAAAAAGGUAGUGACUUUGACUUGACCUUUCUGUGAUUAAACUAAUAUAAUCAUUUGGUUAUAUGAUCUGUUUUACUGUGUCAAAAUUUCAUGAAUUCUUAUGCCUCCCUUCGAAGAAGGGAGGGCAUAUUGCUUUGCUGCUGUCUGUCGGUCCACCAACAGUUUCCAUUCAUUUUCUUUGCAGAUGAUGAAAAUAUUGGAAUUAAAUUUGGAAUACAGGUUUAUCAUGAUAAUAUCUAGGUCAAGUUCGAUUUUGGGUACGAUCGAGCAAUUUUCAAUAGAGUUAUGGCCCUUGGACGUAGAAAAAUUCCAGUUAUUUACAAUUUCCGCUCAUUUUCUUCGCAGAGGAUGAACAUAUUGAAAUGAAAUUUGGUUUUCAGGUUUAUCAUGAUAAUAUCUAGGUCAAGUUCGAUAUUGGGUACGAUUGAGCAAUUUUCGACAGAGUUAUGGCCCUUGCACUUAGAAAAAUUCCAGUUAUUUGCAGUUUCCCUCAUUUUCUUCUCAGAGGAUGAACAUAUUGAAAUGAAAUUUGGUAUACAGGUUUAAAUCAUGAUAAUAUCUAGGUCAAGUUUGAUAUUGGGUAAGAUCGAACAAUUUUCGACAGAGUUAUACCCCUUGGACUCAGAAAAAUUCCAGGCUCUGGGAUCAUGAAACUGUCUUAAAUCUUAAGUCAGACUUAAGUCAAUAAAUUUGCACUUAAUUUUUAAGAUUGUUCUUAAAGUGGAUCACAAAAAAAAAUGACUUAGGGUUAAGUCUGAAAUAUUGUCUUAAAUCUUAAGACUGCUAUUAGGCAGACUUAAGUUUAUAGAUUGUUACCAAGUAAGUUCAAAAUGGCGACACUCGUUGGAUUUUUAAUAAGAAAUGAUCAGCAAAGAGGGCGGCUCCCUUGUCCUCGGGUUUUCUAUUUAUAGUUGAGGUUUUUUCCCUUUGUUGACUUGCUAUUGAAGUUAUUUCCCUUUGUUAAAGUAAAAGUGUGUAAGCAUGUCUGUAUAAUGACUGACAUGUUAUCCAGUAAGAAAAUACGCUAAUAUUUGUGUGAAGCAUCUUUUAAAAAUAAUUUUUUAACUUUGUGAUACAUGUAUAUAAUAAUGUUUACGAUGCAGCCGAUAGGAAUCUUCAAACGAAGAAGAGUUCCACUUUUAACAAAUUCGGUCAAAAAAUCGCGCGAGUUACUAUGAUGUUUAAGCUAAGACAAAUCUUAGCUAAGUAUUUUCUUAGAUCAUUUUGUGAUCCACUUACGUGAGCAAUCUUUAACUAAGUUUGAAUCUGAGAUUUAAGACAAAAUUCUAACUUAAAUUUAAGACAGGUUCAUGAUCCUGGAGCCAGUUAUUUGCAGUUUACGUUCAGAUGUAUGCAUUUAAUAACAUGUACUAUUUCCCAUUUGUGAUGUAAAUUAACUACAUCAUUCUAUUUCUUGUAAAGAAAAAACAGCUUACCGUAAAUAAUCGAAUUAAAGUCAGCAGUGAUAUAACAAGCAUAUAGGGUUAGAAUAAGAGAACAACACUAUACUCUGUCCCUAGUUUUUGCUUCCACCACUUGUUGCUUGAUAUUUCUAUAAUCAUAAAUACCUUUGCGCUCAAACUACGUUCAUCCACUAAUAUGAAAAAUGUCCAGAAUAUCUGUUUUGAAAUGCCCCCCUCUCCCGCUUCAGGUUUGAAUACACAUCCUAAAAUAGGAAGUCUACGUGGAUUUUGCAUUGAAUCAGCCAUUUUUAAGCCAUGGUAACUUUAAAAAGUUGCCCGAGGUGUCACAAGUACUUCGGAAUGGAGAAAAGAUGUAAACAUUUCCCUUUAUUUAUCUCCAUAAGAAAUUUGUUUUUGUUCCUGUGAACUUUUAUGGGUGAAAAAUAAUAAUUGUUCAAUGAAGAUAUCUUGGAUAUAUUCGAUUUUAUUGAUUUCAACUAUAUUUCUUUCACAGGUAUGUGUAUUUUUAUUAAAAAUCAUCAAAAAGUGAUGGAAGCAAUAACUUGGGACAGAUUAUAGUUAUUUAUUAACAAAAGCAUUUCAUCAAUUUAAUUUACCCGGUAUGCAGUUUAAAUAGAUAAAAUAGAGAAGAUUCAAUACUUCUUCACAUUUAAUAAGACUGAACAAUUAUAAUAAUUUUUUUUUGAAAAUUAUAAUCCGGCUGCAAAGCAUACUUAUCAAUUUUUGAAUAGGCUAUGCCAAUUUAAAUGGAUUGUAAAAUACAUCGAAGAAGCAAUGAUAAAUAAUUUUAGAUAUACUCAAAAAAUGUAACAUUUUAGAACUACAUAUUGUAUGUUAUUCUAGAUAAUUCCAUUAAUUUAAAAUAAUAUCUGCAUGUACCGGUACCUAGUGUCGUGUAGGUGUCGGUUAUUUUUUAGUCAGGGGGGAUAAAUUUUCAGACAAAUACUUUUAUUUAUCUGUAAUUUAUCGUCAAGACCACGGCGGUGUUAAUUUGCUGGACAACUCUACUGAAGGGAUGCGCGGUUUUACCCGAGACACCUGUUUUUGACCGCGGGGGUGCAUGAAAAAUACGGGAUCAGCGUUGAGAGUACUGUAUUAGUCAAACCCUUUGACACAAGUACAACCGUUAUGGAGAGGAUCUUAUUUUUUUUUUAAAUAACUGUAAACAAAUGGUUUCAUGAUUAUUAAAGCAUUAAUCUGGCAGAGUUAUUAACUAAUUACAAGUUAACAACUAAUUGUAUUAUCAACAUUAUAAGCAAUAAACAUCAGUUGCACAGUAUGUUGUUGCAUCACCCGUAAUUAUAACCCCUAAAGAUUAAACAGUUUCGAGUAAUUAAUCAUAACAAAAGUUAACUUAGGCUGUGAAAAUGUGUUUAAAAUUGGUUAAUUAUCAUUUCUUUGCCUUUGGGGUUAAUUUACAAGAUUUUGAACUCAUAAUACAAGGCGACUUCAACUUCUCUUUCAGAGUAAAUUCCGACGAAGUUACAGAUCAAAAAACGACUAUUUCGCCCUCUAGGUUGGUCCUUGAUAUGAUACAUAUCUAAAAGCAUGAGUAAAAAGUAUCUGACCAUGGACAAGCGCUGGGCCCAGGAUGUGUUACGGUGUCGUCUCUGUGAGACCCCGGGCCCCCCUAUGUACUGUGACAUUUGUCACAUACAUCUGUGUAAAGCCUGUGUGGGGGAACAUCUCUCUGAUCAAUCCAAAGAACACAAAGUGCUGCCAUUUAAAAAAAGAGGAUCUACUCCUAAAUGUCCAAAACAUUCCUCAAACAUAAGUGUACUUUACUGUGAACAAUGUGACAUUCCUAUUUGUGCAACAUGUGCUUCCUCUAAAGAACACAGUGGCCAUAAAUUUAUUGAAAUAACUAAAAACAUUGACAGCAAGAAAGAAAUAAUUCAAAAAGAUUUACAAGAACUAGAGAAAUCCAUUUAUCCUAAAUACCAAGAGAUUGCAUCUAUCAUUCCAGUCCAGAAAUCUGCUCUGAAUGAAAACUCCCAGAAAUUAACAACAGAAAUCGACAGACAUGGAGAAGACUUGCACAGAGAAAUAAACACCAUUAUCAGAAACAUGAAAUCUAACAUGGAGGAAAUGGACACCAAACACCUGGCUGUCUUAGACAAACAGGAAGAUGAAAUUAAACACACCAUUUCUGAAAUCACACAGACCAUUACUGAACUGAAGACGUUACUGGACUCCAAUGAUGUCAGCCGUGUCUCUGCCUACAAAUCCAGGAAUGAUGAAUUCAGAAGAUUGCCUCCGAAACUCACAGUGUCCUUACCAAGUUUUACCCCUCAGAAGAUCAACAAAGAACAGCUUUAUCAACAGUUUGGAUCUCUGUCAGCGUCAUCUAUCAAAACAGAAGAACAUGGCUACACCAUGGAAUCUCCCGGUGCUGAGUCCUCUCCCCUGGACAGACCGCUCAUUGAUGUACCACGGAUCAUCACACAGAUAAAGACCAAGUAUGAACGAUUAUACAGUGUGUCCUGUCUGAGUGAUGAGGAGAUGUGGACGUGUGGUGAGGACAAAAUCAUGAGUCUGUACAACCUCAGUGGGAAACUAGUAAAGUCAGUCAAAACCAAUUCAGGGGACUUUCCACGGGACAUAGCAGUGACAAGGAGUGGGGAUCUAGUUUAUACUGCUGACAGAGAUAGAACUGUGAACAUAGUGAAGAAUAAAAAGAUAAAGACAGUGAUCAGACUACGGGGGUGGAUACCUCUCGAUGUCUGUAGUACCUCCUCUGGUGACCUCCUGGUUGUCAUGGACAGUGAUGAUGAUAAACAAACAAAAGUUGUGUGUUACUCUGGCUCCACAGAGAAACAAAGUAUUCAGUACGACGACAAAGGACGACCUCUCUUUUCAUCUGGUGAGUACACUAAACACAUCAGUGAGAACAGGAACCUAGAUAUCUGUGUGUCCGACUGUGGAGCCCAUGCAGUAGUGGUGGUCAAUCAGGCCGGGAAACUCCGGUUUACCUACACUGGUCCUCCCUCUACUACCAAGGGAUCAUUUAGUCCAAUCAGCAUCACAACAGACAGCCAGGGUCGGAUCCUGACAGCAGACAUUAACAUUAUGCACCAGUGUAUCCACAUCCUGGAUCAGGACGGACAGUUCCUCCGCUAUAUUGACAACUGUCAUUUACAGGGUCCACUGGGUUUAUGUGUGGACACCAGAGACAACCUCUUUGUGGCUGAGUACACAGGUACCGUGAAGAAAAUACAAUAUGUCUAGAACAUUACACAGCAGUGUAACAUUGUUUAUAUGUAUUACAUGUUGACAAACUGACUGUCUGUAUAUAUAUAACAUGUAUUAGCAUAAAGAUAAUUAAUUAUAUUAUAUAAUAGAGUCAUGCAUAUAAAAAUAUACGUCCAUUUAGUUCAUGUCAACAAUAUCAUUGUUUUGUUUAUCAUGUUUAUACAUCAUAAUAACAAACUGUUUUAGUGUAGUCAUUGUAUUGUCAAUGAAUUAAAUGUUUAUACAUUUAAUGUCUAAACAAAAUGUGUACAUUAUAAGAAUACAAUCAGAGAAACCUUGUUUGGUAUUUGUCAAAGAAAUCAAAACAUUUUAAUGUUGAUAAAUGACACUAAUGGUAAAUUAAAUAUCUUUGAAAAACUUUUUUUAGCUCUCCUUUAUAUUAAGGUAUGAGUUAAUUUCUAUCCUUUAAUAUAAGAAAAUAUAAAUCAUACAUUUUUCUUCUGUCAAACAUUAUCAAAGCAGAAAAAAUGAAGGUACAUGUACCACAUUUGUUGAACAUUUGAGUGGUGUUUAUUUGAUCUUUGUCCAUUAAGAUUUCUGUCACUGAAGAUUGAGUAACUUUUGUUUCUUACAAACUAGUAAUAAACCCUGCAGUUGUACAUUGUAUACCUUAAAUAUUGUGUUAUUAUGUCUAAUAAAUGAUUUGUAAUCAA